GUUCGCCGCGUCCGCUUCCAGAGCUUGGCAUGGCGAGGCGGCCGCGCUGAUAAUUACAAAGACGGGUGCGGCCUCUCUUCGGCGGCAAGUGCUGGCGACACGCUCCGCAACGCCAAGGAUGAGACUUCCUGGGUCAUGCACGUCCUUGCCGAGGGAGUGAAGUUCGAGUCCGAGAGUCAGCCGGGUCUCUGCAUUUGCAAUGCGGAUGGACAUGGCAAGCUGCUGGAAGGCAACGGCCAGCGGGAGGUGUUCCGCGAAAUUCCUGCAUUGAACGGCGAAGAGGACAGCGUGACGCUGGAGAGCCUGGCACAACCUGGAUACUACCUUUGCCACUGCAAUGGCACCAUCUACUUCCAUUCCCUUGACCGGCGCAUGCAGUUUUCAGACACAAUUUUCCGCAACGACGCUAGUUGGCGACUGCAAGACUGUGACUGA